CGCCGGAAACGCAGCAAGAAGAUACAAGAUGGAGGCUUUGACCUGGUCCAGAUUGAUGACUCCUCCACCAAUGGUACAUGUGGGCGGAGUCUUCAGAGGGCUGCUCUGCCCUGAAAAUGAGGCUGAGCUGCACAAUGUAGUGACGGGAAUGAAAGACGACGACCCAAUAAGACUGAACGCAAACGCCUCACAAUCUUCAUUUCAUCUGCUAAUUCGUGGAGAUUUUACCACAAACACCGUCAGAAUGAGUUGUGGAGGUCUUUCCGAGCCCGCGAGGAAAGCUGACAAGGAAAUUCAGAAGCUCUGUGACAGCGUGAAAAGCGAAGUUGAGGCCAAAGUGGGAAGGAACUUAGAUGUCUACAUAGCUAAGCUCUACAAGACGCAGGUUGUGGCCGGAACCAACUACUUCAUUAAGGUCCAUGUGGGAGGAGACGAGUAUUUUCACCUCCGUAUUUACCAGAAACUGUCAUGUAACGAUGGAGAGCCUGAGCUGACUAAACUGCAGGAACACAAGACCAUUGAUGAUCCUAUUGUACCCUUCUAAAGGGAUAAGAAUUCAAAGAGUCCUAUGAGAACUCACAGGCAGUUUUUUCCAUCAUAAUAUCUCAAGAUUACAUUAUCUUAGCUCUCUAUAUUGAACCAAGUUGUACAUCAUGAAAUUUUGAUCAUAGGAUGUCAAAGUGGAACUUUUUGUACUGAGAGAUUUAAUAAAUAACUGCAUUAAUCA